CCCCGGCGCCCCCCUCCCCCCGUCUCCGCGCCUGCUCUCCGCCCCUCUGCCCCUGCCUCCCGCAGCCGGGAGCCGCGCGCGGGCCCGCGGAGACCAUGUCCUGACUGAGGGAAGAGGGCGGAGGCGGCAGCAGCGGGGCGGGCGGCGGCGCGGAGGGAGGCGGAGAGGGGCCGGGCUCGGCUCGUUGCCCCGGGCUGCUCCGGGAGUCGCCGCGGCCGUCGCGGCCGCCGGGCGCCGAGCGUCGGACAGGGAGGAGGAGCAGGAGCUGGAGGAGGAGCCGCCGCCGCCGCCGCCGCCAGCUUCCUGCCUGACAUAACUCACUUCAAGAAGUGCACAAUGUCAGAACGUGGAAUUAAGUGGGCUUGUGAGUAUUGUACGUAUGAAAACUGGCCAUCUGCAAUCAAGUGUACUAUGUGUCGUGCCCAGAGACCCAGUGGAACAAUUAUUACAGAAGAUCCAUUUAAAAGUGGUUCAAGUGAUGUUGGUAGAGACUGGGACCCUUCCAGCACCGAAGGAGGAAGUAGUCCUUUGAUAUGUCCAGACUCUAGUGCAAGACCAAGGGUUAAGUCUUCGUACAGCAUGGAGAAUGCAAAUAAAUGGUCGUGUCACAUGUGCACAUAUUUGAACUGGCCAAGAGCAAUCAGAUGCACUCAGUGCUUAUCCCAGCGUAGGACCAGGAGUCCCACAGAAUCUCCUCAAUCCUCAGGAUCCGGCUCAAGACCAGUUGCUUUUUCUGUUGAUCCUUGUGAGGAAUACAAUGAUAGAAAUAAACUGAACACAAGGACCCAGCAUUGGACUUGUUCUAUUUGCACGUAUGAAAACUGGGCCAAAGCAAAAAAAUGCGUUGUUUGUGAUCAUCCCAGACCUAAUAAUAUUGAAGCAAUCGAGUUGGCAGAGACUGAAGAGGCUUCUUCAAUAAUAAAUGAGCAAGACAGAGCUCGAUGGAGAGGAAGCUGUAGCAGUGGCAACAGCCAAAGAAGAUCUCCGCCUACUACGAAACGGGACUCUGAGAUGAAAAUGGAUUUUCAGAGGAUCGAACUGGCUGGUGCUGUUGGCAGCAAGGAGGAACUUGAAGUGGACUUCAAAAAACUAAAGCAAAUUAAAAACAGGAUGAAAAAGACUGAUUGGCUAUUCCUUAAUGCUUGUGUGGGGGUUGUAGAAGGUGAUUUAGCUGCUAUAGAAGCAUACAAAUCAUCAGGAGGGGACAUCGCCCGCCAGCUCACUGCAGAUGAAGUGCGCCUGCUGAACCGGCCUUCUGCUUUCGACGUUGGCUAUACGCUGGUCCAUCUGGCUAUACGCUUUCAGAGGCAGGAUAUGCUAGCAGUACUGCUCACAGAGGUGUCUCAACAAGCUGCAAAGUGUAUUCCAGCAAUGGUGUGUCCUGAACUGACAGAGCAAAUCCGGCGUGAGAUAGCUGCUUCUCUGCAUCAGAGAAAGGGGGAUUUUGCUUGCUAUUUUCUAACUGACCUUGUAACAUUUACGUUGCCAGCAGAUAUUGAAGACUUGCCUCCAACAGUCCAAGAAAAAUUAUUUGAUGAGGUGCUUGAUAGAGAUGUUCAAAAAGAGUUAGAAGAAGAAUCUCCAAUUAUAAAUUGGUCCUUGGAAUUGGCUACACGUUUGGACAGUAGACUCUAUGCACUUUGGAACCGAACCGCAGGAGACUGCUUACUUGAUUCAGUUCUCCAAGCUACCUGGGGCAUUUAUGACAAGGACUCGGUGCUUCGGAAAGCCCUGCAUGACAGCCUGCAUGACUGUUCACAUUGGUUUUAUACACGUUGGAAAGAUUGGGAGUCCUGGUAUUCUCAGAGCUUUGGUUUACAUUUUUCCCUGAGAGAAGAACAGUGGCAAGAAGACUGGGCAUUUAUACUCUCUCUAGCCAGUCAGCCUGGAGCAAGUUUGGAACAGACCCACAUUUUUGUGCUUGCGCAUAUUCUUAGGCGACCAAUUAUAGUUUAUGGAGUAAAAUAUUAUAAAAGUUUCCGGGGAGAAACUUUAGGAUAUACUCGGUUUCAAGGUGUUUAUUUGCCUUUGUUGUGGGAACAGAGUUUUUGUUGGAAAAGUCCGAUUGCUCUGGGCUACACAAGGGGCCACUUCUCUGCCUUGGUUGCCAUGGAGAACGACGGCUAUGGUAACCGAGGCGCUGGUGCUAACCUGAACACCGAUGACGACGUCACGGUCACCUUCCUGCCCCUGGUGGACAGUGAGAGGAAGCUCCUCCACGUGCACUUUCUUUCUGCUCAGGAGCUAGGUAACGAGGAACAGCAGGAAAAACUGCUCAGGGAGUGGCUGGACUGCUGUGUGACUGAGGGGGGCGUUCUGGUCGCCAUGCAGAAGAGCUCUCGGCGCCGAAACCACCCCCUGGUCACGCAGAUGGUAGAAAAGUGGCUUGACCGCUACCGACAGAUCCGGCCCUGUACGUCCCUGUCGGACGGAGAGGAGGAUGAAGAUGAUGAAGACGAGUGAAGACAAACCCAAGAGCAGAAGACCAAGGUACCAGCUCUGUUGCGACCCCACCAUCAGUGUGGUGCUGCAGGCAGAGCGCACGGCAUGGCAUGAAGGGACUGGGCAGCAGCUGCUUGGAAGGGUUUUCUGAUCCACACCCGGCGGAGAUGAUGCAUCUGCUGCAAGAGGAGACAGAGACCUUUGGACUCCAGUUUGUAAAAAACUAAUUUUAUUAAGACAGAACUUUUUUCCUUUCAAAUUGUAAAUCUGUCUAUAAAUGUAACGCAUGUGGUUGUGUAAGAAGUUGUGUGAUAGGAAAAGUCGUACCAGCAUCUUCUUAUCAUUGAGAAGUUUUUACAGCACGGGCACCUCCAAAAGCACAUGGCACGUGACUCUCUGUUCCUUUGAGAUAAUUCUUCUUUAAGUAGAACCUGGCAUUCUCCUUCCAUCUUAAGAGAUCCAUUGUCCAUCACGUCUCGCUAGAGCUCGCUGGAGAUUUGGAACGUCUUUGUACAAAUUAUCCACAGCAAAACAGAAAAAUAAAAACAAGCUUUUAUUUUAUUAA